AUGCCAGCAUUCACAGGUGAUGAAAUGGACACAAGGAUUGAUCCUGAUCUUUCAGAAGGUGAUUCUCUUCACAUUUGGGUUGCUCAUGAUGAAACUGUUUUUGAAUCAAAUGAUAGAAAGAAAGAAGGUUGGCACCCUGUCAAUGAACAACCUUUAAUGAAGAAGAGUCAUGAGGUAGGUGAUAACAUGCCACAUGAAGCUCAUAUCAUAAUUAGCCCAGGAAAAAAUAAUGAUGGAUGGUGGAAUUUGGAUCAACUUAUAAAACAG